AUGCCCUCAAGAUGGAUUAAGUUGUCGCUCUUAGUGGGCGCGAUUAUGGCAAUAGCUCCAAACAGCCCUGUGCGUACACUGAUAGCUUUUGCCGUGAUUGGAUAUGUGGUAACGGACCUGGUGAUACCGAGAGUUGGUCCAAGCUUUGUGAAAAUUGGUCUCAAAGGCAGAGACUUGUCAAAACGCCCACCUGUAGCAGAAAUACCUGAAACAAUGGGAUUGGUUGCCGCAACCACUUAUCUUUUCCUCAUGUUUGGAUUGAUCCCUUUUGUGUUUUUCAAAUACCUUGUUUCAUUUGGUUCUUUGGCGAAUGACGAAGUCAUGACAGAAAACUACAGAACCCAAUAUGAGUCGAUCAAGGACAACAAAUUAUUUCCACACAAUAAGCUUGCAGAGUAUCUAAGUGCCAUAUUGUGUUUACAGAGUACAACAUUAUUAGGAUUAUUGGACGACUUAUUCGACAUACGUUGGAGGCACAAGUUCUUUCUACCGGCAGUUGCAUCUUUGCCAUUGUUGAUAGUGUAUUAUGUCGAUUUUAGCGUUACAUCGAUCGUGGUUCCCUCGUUUGUAACAGACUUUCCUGGUGGUCCGCGUGUUCUAAGUUUUGUCAACAGUUUCAUAAAAUUUGCAAAUCACUUGGUCACCAACAUCACCGGAUUAUCAUUCCAAACACUUCAAACAGAUUAUGUUGUACCCGAUCAAGUCCCUAAAUUGGUAGAUUUGGGAAUUUUUUAUUACGUGUACAUGUCUGCGGUGUCCAUUUUUUCACCAAACUCAAUCAACAUUUUGGCAGGUGUCAAUGGUUUGGAAGUGGGUCAGUCGAUUGUUCUUGCAUUGAUAUUCUUGAUCAAUGACUUUUGUUAUUUAUUUUCUAGCAACACCUCACAGGCAGCAAACGAUUCACACUUAUUUUCAGUCAUUUUCAUUGUCCCAUUUGUGGGCGUAUCAAUAGCUCUUUUACAAUACAAUUGGUUCCCUGCUCGAGUUUUCGUUGGUGACACAUACUGCUAUUUUAGUGGUAUGGUGUUUGCCAUUGUGGGAAUAUUGGGACACUUUUCAAAAACUUUGAUGUUAUUUUUAAUUCCUCAAGUUAUCAAUUUUAUCUACUCAGUCCCACAAUUAUUCCAUAUCAUUCCUUGUCCGAGACAUCGCUUGCCUAGGUUUAAUGCCGAUGAUGGACUUAUGUACCCCAGCUUCGGAGAGCUAGAGAAACCGACCGCAAGAAGCGCCACCAUUUUGACCAUUCUAGAAGCAGUCAAAUUCAUCAAGCUUGAAAGAGAUCCCACACUGGGUAGAAUUAUACGAUUUUCAAAUAUGACAAUCAUAAAUUUGAGUUUAGUUUGGUUUGGCCCAAUGAGGGAGGACAAAUUGUGUUUGCUUAUUUUGGCUAUUCAGUUUGCCCUCGGUCUUUUCAUGAUUGUAUUUCGACACACAGUUGGUCCUUGGCUUUUCGGGUACGACAACUUGUCGUGGGGCGUCAAAUAA